CACACAGAUCUCAUCAUGACAGGGGACAGGGCCCUCAUCGUCGCCAUCUCCGGGUGCUCAUCUAGCGGCAAGACGACCCUCGCUCGGCUGCUGCGCGACAUCUUCCCCAACACGUUUAUCCUGCAUGAGGAUGACUUUUACAGACCUGAGGCUGAACUGCCUAUGAGAGAUGGCCUACUGGACUGGGAUUGCCCAGAGGCCAUCGAUAUCACUGGCAUGGCUGAUUCCCUGGCUUAUAUCCGUCAGCAUGCCUCGUUCCCUCCAACCCUCGAAUCCAAAGAGGAUCAGAAUUCUGUGGGCAAGUGCCCCGUCUCAGAGUCCACAAUCGCCGCUCAGCGAGCCAAAGUCGAAGCAGCCCUCGGCCCAGACCAUCCCCUCCGCUCAAACCUCCGCCUAUGUCUCCUAGACGGAUUUUUACUCUUCUCGCCCUCAAUGGCUGCGAUAAAGCCAAACCUAGAUAUCAAACUGUUCCUGAGGACCACUUACGCAAAAGCCAAUGCGAGGAGAGAAGCGAGAGACGGAUACGUCACGCUCGAGGGCUUCUGGGCUGAUCCGCCUGGCUAUGUGGACAAGAUUGUCUGGCCAAAUUAUGUGGAGCAGCAUGCUUGGAUGUUUCAGGGCGGUGACGUAGAGGGUGAGUUCAAGAUGGAUGUGCUGGAGAAGGAGAGGAUCAAGGUGCAGGACAAGGUUGGUGUUGAUGGCGAUAUUGAAAAGACGUUUGAGUGGACUGUUGAUACUAUCUUGGAUGAGCUAAAAAGGCAGAUAUAA